UGGGUUGUGGUUUCCAGGUGGCCGCCGUUGGUUUGGCCGGCGAUGGCGAACUCGACGGGGUCGACAGUUGACGGCAUCGGUGUCGGCGAAAACGAUGGUACGACAGGUGUAACCGGUGGUGGGCCUAGGAAUCCUCUGAUCUGCGGCGUCUGCCAUGACUAUUUCAACGAGCCUUGUCUGCUAUCCUGCUUUCACACCUUUUGUGCCCGUUGCAUCCGUGGCCCUCACCUUGAGGGAAAGGUCUCCUGUCCCAUCUGCGGGCAACAAACACAAUUAAAAGAUGGAGCACAACUACCACCUCCCGAUCACCUGAUGCGUCAGCUAGUUGAAUUGGCAAAUUCUGAGAAUCCACCUUGUGCCAAUUGUGAUAAGCGUGACAAGUCUACUAUGUUCUUUUGUACAACAUGUGGGCAAGCACUGUGUACGCACUGCAGGGAGCACACUCAUCGUGCUAAGAUGUUUUCUGCUCAUGAGGUAUUGCAUAUGAGUAAAUGCGCCAAGGAUACUCAACGUCGCUGUCCGACCCACGGAGAACAAUACAUAAUGUUUAGCCAAAGUGCCAAGUGUAUGCUCUGCGCCACGUGUUUUCGCGACACUCCCGCGGAUGCGAGAAUUCAUUGCAUCGACAUUGAAAGUGCCUGGCAACAGGCAUCGAAAAAAAUGGAACGGGCGGUCAAUUCGAUUUGCGAGCUGCAGGCUGGAGUACGGGACGGGGUGUUGGCUCUGAAAUCGCAGCUAGAUGAAUUACGACACAGUUUAGACUCCGAGAAAAGGGCAGUAAAUUCCUUUUGUCAGGGAAUGCAGGAAGCCAUAACGAAAACACAUAAUAACGUAUUGGCAGAGCUUCAGCGACAAUUCGAGACGAAAGAAAGGAUGGUCUGUAGUCAACUGUUUUCUCUAGGUUCUGCGUUUCCUGUACUACAGACGCAUUUGAUGUUGUGCACCGCCUUUACCAGCGGUGCAACCAAGUAUCAAUUUCUCGAGUUAGCUCAUCCGAUGUUGGAGCGAUUGAAUCGCGUUGCUCAAUUAGGGCAUCCUUCGAGGCCACCCUUAUUAACUGCCCACCUCAAGCCGAACUACAAGAACGAAUUUUCUCGCGCGUUGCAGCCUUACAUAGGUCAGCCUCAGAGUUCGAAAGAAUCGCUGUACGAUCAGACCCAUUCGAUGGUUCAACAAGAUCCACCAGUGAUGCAGAGUAGCAAGUCGUCUCAGAAGAUUUCAUCCAAAACCGGAGCAGAUGGUGGACCGUUUUCCAAACACUGCCGAACAUUUGAUACACAGCUAAAGGAAUUGAAUCAACAGUUAAUGACGGUGAAGGAACGUCUGGGAGAGCUUCAUCGGGACGUAGCUCUUCUGCGAAGGGCGAACACUCCUCCAUUAGGUACACGUUACGAGCAUGUAGCCAGAGACUGCCGAGUAUUGGAGCAACAGUUAGAAGAUCAUCAGAUGGAAUUGGAACGACUCAGAAACGUGUUCGACGCAUUAUGGGACGAACAGUUAUGCAGAAUUCAUAUGGAAAAAGAAAUAUUUCAUUCACAGAUGAACGACAUCAUGUCAUUGAGGAGUCAAGUGAAACAGCUGCAGAACCUUGCUCAACAAUUAGAACCGUUCGUUAAAUCCUUUUCUUCCGGCAUGAACGCUGGCGAAAUCAGCAUGACAGCUUCCGACGCAGCCAGCAACCAACAUCUGCAAGCUUUACUCGAUCAUUUGGCACGCUUGCAGAUGCAAGAACCACCGCAACCGCAAACUCAGGCUCCCACCAAGGAUCACCGACAUUCGCGAGCCACUGCCACUAGUGCUGAUAACGCGCUUUACAUGAAAGAGAACAAAGAGAUACCAACACGUUGUCGUACACCGUCUGGCGUUGGAGCUGUCUUGGACUCUAGCGGAAACAUCAUCGUCUACGGGACAGCCAAAGCCUCUGAACAGAAAAGAGGUGUUCUCAGUCAAUUUAUCGAGAAAACUAGGAGUAAGGAAGAUCGUAAAAAGUCACCUGGACGAGAGGAGGGUCGUGAUCGCAGUCAGAGUCGUCGAUCGAGGAAGUCUCCGGAUAGCACGAAGCCCAAGACACCGCCUGGUCAUUCGUCCGUUAGCAAAGUACGCUCUUUGUAUCGUUCUUUGAAAGGUGGUAGCGGUGACACGUCCGCCGAGGGACUCGACCAACCGGAGAGAUGUACAGAUUCUCAGCAACCACAGUCACACACGACUGGCGAGGAAGGGGAUUAUCAACGAAUAUCCGAGGCGUCGAGCAUGGGGGAGGCGAAGAAGCGUGUCCAGGCUCAGGUGCACGCGGUUCCUGACGAGCAACCGAUGUCGAGUGGCAAGGGGACCAAAGUAUACCCGGCCAGCGACUCGGAGGACGUGUUCUACGCGGAGGAGAAGGCGUCGACGGAGGUGGGCAGGCGUCGAAGAGCGAGCUGCGACAGCCUGAGUACAACUGGCUCGGGAAGCAGACGGUCCAGCAUCGUCGAUGGGACGGUAGGUCAAUCCGCGCAGGAUCCCAGGAAAACAUUGGUUCUUUUGAUCGGACCUACACCGAAGUCGUCGUCUCUGGUGCAGAAGCAGCGUUCCUGGGAAACGUUUCCGCGACCGAAAAGUAAACGCAGCGUAACGGCCAGCGAGGGCGCCGCUUCGUCCCUUAGUCAAUUGAAGAAAACCGAUAGCUUCGAGGGUCACGAGGAAACGGUGAAAACGUUGGUUGCAGCCGUGCAAGAAACUAGGUCUCAUCUGCGUCAUCACCAUAUGCAUCAUCAUCGUCAUCAUCGGAAAAGCAAGACGAAUUAAGGUUGUUCCAGUUCCGAAGAGACGACGGUGAAAGAAAUUCAAUCAAGGAGCUUUCUAUAGAGGUAUCCAGGUCAGAUAGUCAAGACGGCAGAAAAUAGAUGUUUCGUCGAGGCGUUCUAGAAAGAAUCAAAUAAAAGUAUUUAUUAGAGAUUGCGAAUAGUUUCUUGGCUAUCUGGAAGGGAGUCGAAAAUCCUCCAAAUAAUGUCUAGCAUACAUCGGGGAAAGUAUUUUAUCGAGCGUUAGAGCAUUGUUAUUCGUAGAGAAAUACCGUUCAGCGAAAAGGUACUACGAACAUACGUUUUAUUUUAUUUAUUUUAUUUUCGAACGGAAUACAUUGAGCGUUUUAGUAGCGGUAUUAUUACUAAGAAAAGGGCAUUUCUUCCGAUGUCUACAGGCGGGGACAACUGUUAUUCGACAAGUGCACUUUUUUAACGUUACUUUUGUGAACAGUCGCAAAAUUUUCCAGUUUCUUUGUCUGAGUCUGGACCAAGCGUUUCCAACGUUUGUAUCGCAUGUUAUUCCUCGUCAUUUCUAGUCCCAUGUAUGUCUGGUCAGAGUUGUUUCAGGGUCAGUCAGCCUUCGAUAUAGAGCAAUUUUCGAUUUUUUUAUUGAACAGCGUUUUGAUUGCACUUUGAAACGCCGAUUGUCAUAAUAUCGCCG